ACAUACUCUUAAAACUCUUUGACAUCAUAAGCAAUAACACAAAAAGAAAGGAUUGAAAAUGUUAUGUGCCUCUCAAGCAUCAACAAGAAACAUUUGCUCAACCAUGGAACCUUCUUCUUCUUCUUCAGCCACGAUCCGGCUAGGUAGUCGAGCCAUCGACCGUCAUAACCCAAUCAUACGUGACGGUAGGAGGUUCACUCCUCCACCUUCUCCCAAUCAUAACUCCUCCACCUCUUCUGCCUCCUCUUCUUCAUAUCAUACUCCUAUUAAGACUAGAUUAGGUCUAGAGAGUAGCGAGCAAACACGCGUUGGGAAGAGGAAGAGCAAGAAAAGUCAAUGUGAAGGCGGCAAUUCACCGAUUGGUAGUCUUAGCAGUGACACUCCUCAAGGCUCUUCAAGGUGCUUAUUGAGCAAUCCGGUUUUCUUCGACGGGUUUGUGGAUUCUGAUCCGAUUCCAUUACCUAUUGAACCGGAGAUAACCAUGGGUGAUGAGUUGGAUAAAAUUCAUAAAGAUAGGUUGGUUAUAAACGCCUCUAAGUAUCUCUCUUCUUCUUCUUUCUUGGAGAAGAAGCAACCUGAUUUCUUCGAUGGGUUCUUGGAUUAUGACCCUGUUAUAUCUCCGAGUAAUCCUUUCUCCGAACCCACAAAAGCUUCUCCGACAGCAUCUCAAAGCUCUCUUGAAGAUCAAGAUGUUUUGUCUCCUGAUCUCAAAUUCUCUCCUCCACAACCUCCACCACCUCCUCCUCCACCGUCGUUGCCGCCACCUGAGAAGAGUUCAUCCUCCGAUCAAGUGGUAGUUCUCAGAGUGUCACUUCACUGCAAAGGCUGUGCAGGGAAAGUCAAGAAACAUCUUUCGAAAUUGAAAGGAGUGACCUCGUUUAACAUAGACUUCGUUGCAAAGAAGGUAACUGUGACGGGAGACGUAACACCAUUAACUGUGUUGUCGACUAUUUCCAAAGUUAAAAACGCACAGUUCUGGCCUGAGAUUAUUAAGAAGUGAGUGAUAUCUUUCUAAUAUGUUUUCUCUUCUUUCUUUUCUUUUUUUCUUUUUUUUUUUGCAAAAGGAUUAUACUUUGUUCUCUUUAUGUCUGGAAGACAACCUCUGUGAAAAUGGUGCUCUCUUUUAUGAGUUUGUGUUUGGUAAUGGCAUGGGAAUUUCACAAAUUUUAUUUAGAGAUUGCUAUUAAGGAAUUCAACAAAAUUAUGCUAAGUCCAAUUCCUCAAUAUUCAAUCAAUCUUCUUUUUCA